UCCACGAUCUGCACGACCUUCAAGCCGCCCCCGCAAUCGCCGCGUGCCACCGCCGGCCGCGAGCAGGACCUACAAGGCACCUCCCGCGGUCAUCGCACCGCCCCCGUCAAGCUCCCCCGCCGCGAGAAGACCUGCACGACCCGAUUUACCCCAACCAUCGCCAUCACGCAAGCAUGCCGCCUCCCUGCCUGCUGAGAGUAUGUCGCCGCCUGCACGCCGGCGCCGCCGCCCUGGACCCUCUACCCCUGCGUGCCGGCGCCGCCGCCCAGCGCGCCCUCUACCAUGCACGCUGGCGCCGCCGGCCUCUACCCUGCGCGCGCCGGAACCGCCGCUCUGCACCCUCGCCCUGCACGCCGGUGCCGCCGCCCUGCCCGACGCGAGCGAGACGCCGCCUCCGCAGCACCUGCCGUUCGUCGCCAAGUCCACUGCACCGGCCCGUCCCUGCAGACAGAUCGAUGGCUUCCUAGAGUGUGUCUGGGUAUAUCCUCUUGUUCAUUGUGUGAGGGCCCGAGAGGAUGCAGAAUCAUUUCCCAAUAUUCCUGGAUGGCCAGCAUGGAGAAUAACCCAGCACCGUCGUUGAGGUGCGCCCAGGAUGAAGGCUCCGCUGCCUUUAAUUAUUGAAGUCGGGUACUCUCAAGUCUCAACCCCACCUUU